CACCGUCCUCCUCGUCCCCCAGCGCAUCUGCCAGGUCAGACUGUGAUUGCGCCGGCAUGUUCUUCAUUAAAGAACUCACGCACACGAUCCUCCUCCAUCCAUCCUACUUUGGGCCGCGGAUGCUCCAGUACCUCGAGUCGAAACUCUAUGCCGAUGUCGAGGGAACAUGUUCUGGACAAUUUGGAUACAUCAUUGCGGUCGUAACUAUUCUGAAUAUUGGCGAAGGCAUGGUGCUGCCAGGAAGUGGACAGGCGGAGUUCAUUACGCGGUACCGAGCCAUUGUGUUCAAACCGUUUAAGGGUGAGGUGGUGGAUGGUGUUGUGAAUAACGUCAACAAGAUGGGCUUCUUCGCGGACGUCGGACCGCUAACUGUCUUCGUGUCUCACCAACUCAUACAUCCCGACAUGAAAUUCGACCCCAAUUCAAAUCCACCUUCGUUUGCUUCGGACGAGCAGAUUAUCGAGAAGAACACGAAGGUCCGACUGAAAAUUGUGGGAACCCGUGUGGAUGCGACGGAAAUUUUCGCUAUUGGGACAAUAAAAGAAGACCACCUGGGUGUUAUUGAAUGAUGCCUCAGCUCCUCUCGUGUUCACUCACUUGCAUACUUUGCUUUCGAAACCUACAAUUGCUGUGUAUCAUUGUGUAUUUUCAAAUGCUAUCGACUGCGCGAGCGCGCUCCACUCCAUUUGUUGCUCCACGUCUUGGUGCCACAGCAUCCAUUGACCCACAGUCUCACUGUUGGCUGUGGCUCUUCCCCUGAUAAGCCGCCUUUCUCCUUGAUAGUGCUCCACUGACGUCUAACCCAGUGAAGAACUUAUAAGGAAGACGGGGGCUCACCUUACUCACCAACUCGUCUGCGAACCCUUACCAGCACAUCUAUAUCUUUAGCGGCUAAUCAACGAGCAUAGUAUGCAUCUCUACU